AUGCUGAAACGAUCGGAGGAGGUGGUAGUCGCUCGGGGCAAGGCGCGCGUUAUCGUGCAGCAAGGGAACGUUGUUGAGCUUUGGGUGCUCCUUGCGGAUCUUCUCGGCCAGUCUUUGCAGUUGAGCGCAGUAGACCUCGGCAGUAACUGUCGUGUCGUCCGGCAGCGGCUCGAAAUGGUAGAUUCCAUGAACUCCUCACCAGACGCUCAGCAUGACCUUCUUCUCAUGAAUUUCACCUUUCACGAAAGGACCCGGCAUUCCAUCGCCAGCGCACCAUGCACGUUCGUGGGUGUGGUUGACGUAGAGGACCCAUUUUUCAUCUCCAGUGACAAUGGUGUCCAGUCAGUCGAAUCUGCGGCUUCUGGAGAACAACUGAGUGCAGAUGUCCAAGCGUCUUUGGUGGUUGUCGUCGCUCAAUGCAUAUGGGAGCCACUGACCGAGCAUUUUCACCACUCUGAGAGAUCGCAGUCCAUUGCUCACGGUGGACAGCGAACAGCCAAGACUGGCACCAAAAUACCGCACACCUUCAUAUGA